AUGACGCUCUCGGCCAGACGUAUUAAUGUUCUAAUCCUGACGCCGUAUAAUGCCCAGGUCGCCAAAAUUAAAGCCGAUCUCGCCAAUCGCUACCACAACGCGACAAGAAAGCCGCGCAUACUUACGGUUGACUCAUCACAGGGUACCGAGGCAGAGUGUGUGAUUGUUUCUCUGUCAAGGAACGUUAACACACCAGAAUUCCGAAGGUCCAAGCGGCGCUUCAAUGUAACGACGUCGAGGGCGAGUCAAUCGGUGUUUUACCUGGGUAAGUGGUCGUAUAUUCAAAGCGCCACUCUACAGCAAUCGUCACCAACGCUGUUCGGUAUGCUUGAUCACUACCCGAAGCAUGUCCCACGCUUUUUGCUUCUUCAGCCCGAUCGUCCGGCCGAGGCUAGCACGUCAGUCCUUCAGGAGCUACUCGGCCCCCUGUCAGCCUGUGCAGACGAGGAGGGAGAUAUUUACCGGCACCACGAACGGGGCGCACGGCACCUCAGCCACAUGCAGUUUAGUGUGAUCCAGCAGUAUCUGCGAUUGCACCCCCGGCUCUAUCUCCUAGCACUGCUCCUGCGACCCGACAAGAACUACCGGCUGCUUGCCUUCCCGGACCCAGCCCGCGGGGCCCAGGAGGAAGACACAUUUAUUGGGAGGACACACUGCCCCACGGGACUGUGCGAUUCUGGAUCCCGAUGGAGAAGGAGUCGGGGAGGGUCUGGUCGGUUUUAG